AUGGACGAUGAAAAGCCCAAAUCCUUCGCUGAAAAGCAGGCGGAACGCAUGAAAAGGCUGCGUAACUUGCACACGAUGCGUAACGAGGCCAGAUCUCACAACCACAAGGAAGUUAUAGCCGAAGACGCGCGAAAUAACUUGCCAGCGAACUACGAAAGUCGCAAGCGUCGCGCUGAGUGGACGUUAAACGAUCAGAAGGAACGCGAAGAGGCCAAAAGUAGAGGCGAGGAUUACGAUAGGGUUAAGUUGUUGAAUGUAACGGCCGUGGAGGCCGAGAAAAUGGAGAGGAUGAGGAAGAAGAAGAACCCUGAUCAGGGGUUCUCGGACUUUGAAGCUGCCAGUUUCAGGCAGUAUAACAGGUUAAUCAAGACUCUGCCCCAAAAAGACAUGGAAAGAUAUGAGGAACAGAAGGAGAAAUACGGGGAAGCCUUCUAUGCAGGUCCAAACACCAUAAUACAUGGUAUUCAUGAAGAUAGACCCGAGGCUGUGGAUAACUUGGUUAAAAGUGUGGAAGACCAAAUUGCCAAGAGGAAUAAGUAUUCCCGAAGAAGGACACAUAAUGAUGAUGCUGAUAUCGACUAUAUUAACGAGAGAAAUGCCAAGUUUAACAAAAAAUUGGACAGAUUCUAUGGGGAACAUACUGCAGAGAUAAAACAGAAUCUUGAAAGGGGGACGGCAGUUUAA